AUGACAUGCACAAAUCGAUUCUCCAACCCAGAAGGUGCCGAUGACACCCAUGCUCAUGAUCCCCAAUUCAACGAAGAUCCCCAUUCGUCCAUGGCUGACAGCUCCACCAAUCUCCGGCAACUUGAUCAACCAACUCACGAAGUUGUGUCCAACCCAUACUUUCUGAGCUCAAGAGAUCACCCCGGACUAAUUCUUGUCUCUAAACUCCUCACCGAUUCAAACUUUCAGUCUUGGAAAAUGGCUAUUUUCACAGCUCUUCCUACCAAGAACAAAACUGUGUUUAUUGAUGGUACUCUUUCUAAACCUAAUGCUUCUAACCCUCUCUUUAGUUCUUGGACCAAGUGCAAUAACAUGGUCAUGUCUUGGAUGCUCCACUCGAUCUCCUUCGACAUUACUCAAAGCAUAAUGUUCUUUGAUCUUGCCUCUAAUAUGUGGAAUGACCUAACUAAGUAUUUCAACCAAGGAAAUGGACCUAGAAUUUUCGAAUUGAAGACCAAUCUUCAAGGUCUACACCAAGGAGAUCACUCGGUCACAUCUUACUACACCAAACUCAAAUCUAUGUGGGAUGAAUUGAAGGAAUUCCAACCAGCCCCUCACUGUUCUUGCGGUGCUUUGAUGAAAUUUAGUUAUUACUUCAACCAAGAGAAAGUCCUCCAAUUCUUGACAGGCCUAAAUGAAAGCUAA